AAUCAUUUACAGCAGGCGGCGCAUGCGUAAAGAGACAGCAACGUGAGUUGAAAUAUAACUGAGCACAAGUUUAUGAAUUUAACAAUGGAAAAUCAAUCCCGUUUGUUUUAUGUAUCGACAUUUCCCCGCUGUCAUCACAUUUCUUGGCUAUCUUGAUAUUAGAUAACUGGGUCAGCGGUGCUAAGAUGCCCAUAUCUGUAGCAGUGUAAGUUUUAGAAUCAAAGACAAGAAGGCGACGAAAAGUUAAUACGUUACAUUUUUAGUUCACUGCUGUGAAAUUAUGUUACCGCUUUUAUGUAUUUGUCGGGAAAUUCGUAAAAUUGCUGUCCACACACACAGGAAAAGUGGACUACCUGCUCUAUAUCAACUUGCGUCCACCUUCAGUGGAGCUCCAGCUGGCCUGGCAGAUGCAGACACCAUCUUUGCGCUGUCAUCCGGUCAUGGCAAAUGUGGUGUGGCUGUGGUACGCAUCAGCGGUCCUGCCUCAUCCAUGGCUUUGAGAUGCAUGGCGGGACUAAGGCGCCACUUGCCUUCUCCACGGACAGCCCUCUUACGCAGCAUCACAGACCCCAGCUCCAAAGAGAUCCUGGACCGUGGCCUGGUCCUUUGGUUUCCUGGUCCUCAUAGUUUUACAGGAGAAGACAGUGUUGAGUUCCACAUCCACGGAGGCCCUGCCGUGAUUACGGCUGUCCUGCAGGCUCUGGGAAGCAUGCCUGGCAUGAGGCCUGCCGAAGCUGGGGAGUUCACGCGAAGGGCUUUUCAAGCAGGAAAGCUGGGUUUAACCGAGGUGGAAGGACUUGGAGAUCUAAUCCAUGCAGAGACAGAAGCUCAGCGAAGGCAAGCUCUUCGACAGAUGUCUGGAGAUCUCCAACGCCUCUAUCAAGACUGGAGCCACAGGCUGAAACGAUGUCUGGCUCACGUCGAGGCCUUCAUUGACUUCAGCGAGGAUGAGCUCAUUGAGGAUGGGGUCUUAGAGCGAGUGGACAGCUCGGUGGUCAGUCUGCAGGCAGAAAUUGAGCGACACCUGAAGGACGAGAGAAGAGGCGAGCGGCUUCGCAGCGGAGUCCAUGUGGUCAUUGCAGGAGCCACCAACGCCGGGAAAAGCAGCCUCCUCAACACGCUCUGUCAAAGACCGGCAGCCAUUGUUUCCUCCAUCGCUGGAACCACCAGAGACGUGGUGGAGACGGUGCUGGACAUCGGUGGCUUCCCCGUCCUUUUGAGUGACACAGCUGGCCUCAGAGACAGCACAGACCUGAUAGAGCAGGAGGGGGUUCGCCGGGCGCGAGAGAGGGUACAACAGGCUGAUCUGACUCUGGUGGUGGUGGACUCUGUCCUGCUUCCCUGUGAGGUACAGAAAGCUGCAGACAUCCUUCAGGAGAACCUGACGAGUGUUCUGCCUGACCUGAAGCAGACCAACAAAGACAGGUGUCUCCUGGUGCUAAACAAGACAGAUCUGCUGCCUGAAGCUCACAGACGGGAGCUGGAGCGGGAGCUGAACGAGGUCUCUGGACUCCCCCCUGUGUGUCUGCUCUCCUGUCAGACUCAUGAGGGGCUGCAGGACUUCCUCUCAGUGUUUCACAGCCGACUUAAGAUUCUGUGCGGUGACCCUCUGUCUGGUGCUCCCACCCUGACCCAGGCGCGCCACAGGGCCCACCUGCAGCAGUGCGUGGUGGCUCUGGCUCAGUAUCAGAAACUGCGUGACACCGACCUGGCUCUGGCAGCUGACGGGGUCCGUCUAGCUCUCACCAGCCUGGGGAGGAUCACUGGGAAACUCGGAGCGGAGGAGAUCCUGGAUAUCAUCUUCAAAGACUUCUGUAUUGGAAAAUAAAAAAAAAACACAUGAGGAAAAGCAAUAAAAUGCAAAGAUUGUGGACAUUAAAGUAAAUAUAACAGAAGAAAAAGAACAUCAGGUCGGAGAAUAGAGUCAGACUUGUGCUGUUUUCACAGUUAACCUGCUGGACUUUUUUUCCACUGAAACCUCUUAGUAACUUGAAAAUGCUUUAAGUUUAAUAAAGUAUUUGAAAAUC